AUGUCUGCUAACAUGCGACGGGUCCUUCCUGGGCUGGGUUCCCUUACAACGCAGCCUAAACUCGCGGCAACGCGACAUUUCUCCAGCUCUCCCUUUCUGAACAACGCUGGAGCUACUCUACCUGCCAAGAAGCCCGUUGGAGCUUUCCGUGGAGGCUUAUUUGGCUUUCUCUCCGGCUCCCUUGUUGCAGGUGGAGUGGUUUACUACUAUAUCCUGGACGAGUACAGGGUAUCAAACAAUAUGCUCGCUGAGGAUAUCUACGCUUUACAAUCAGCAACCCAGAAACUCCAGACUUACAUAUCCGAACUGGAGACUCGAGUCGAUCAACUGCAGAAGAAGAAAUGA